AGGGCGUAAAAGAAAAAACGAAGCCGUAGAAGAGGGCUCUUCUUUGUGUUGUGUGGAGCGAGCACUACUUAUCCCUUUUUCAACAUCACCAUGGAUCGGUACCAGAGAGUGGAGAAGCCAAGAGCAGAGACGCCUAUUGAUGAGAAUGAGAUUAGGAUUACCAGCCAAGGGAGGAUGCGCAACUACAUCACUUAUGCCAUGACCCUGCUUCAGGAGAAGGGAUCAGAUGAAAUUGUUUUCAAGGCUAUGGGAAGAGCUAUCAACAAGACCGUGACGAUUGUGGAGCUACUUAAGAGAAGAAUUGUUGGUCUUCACCAGUAUACUACAAUUGGAUCCACCGACAUAACUGAUACUUGGGAACCCCUUGAGGAAGGCCUCCAAACACUGGAGACAACAAGGCAUGUGUCAAUGAUCGUCAUAACGCUGUCAAAGAAGGAAAUCAAUAAAUCUACCAUUGGGUACCAGCCCCCAUUACCUGCUGAAUUGGUGAAGGCAUCUGCAGAGAUUGAUUAUGAAGGAGAGGACUCACCAAGUGGUCGUGGCCGUGGCAGAGGAAGGGGAAGGGGGAGGGGAAGGGGGAGGGGGAGGGGAAUGGGCAGGUUCAGAGGAAACAAUGGCUUUGUGCCUGAAUAUGAUGAUGGAGGUUAUGACCGCAGCGGGGGUGAUUUCAGGGGCAGGGGGCGUGGCAGGGGUCGCAGUUUCCGAGGCCGUGGAAGGGGAGGUUACGAUGGACCGCAGGCCGAUGUGCAGCAAGAUGGAGGAUACAAUGAAGAAGCACCUCCUCAACGUGGCCGUGGUCGUGGCCGUGGCAGGGGAGGAUAUCGUGGAAGGGGCCGUGGCAGCUACAGGUCUAAUGGGCCGAUCCAGGCACAGCUGCUUGAGUAGCAAUAUGGACGUCAUUGAACAUCCUGCAAAUGGCCAGUGUCUACCGAUGGGAGCCUUUAUUAUCCAAUCUAUGUUUUCUAUAUUAUCUUUAUGCAUGAUGAUGAUUGUAGAGACCUAGUUUAGAGUCCUUUGAGGUAAUCGCUUUUGUUUUGUCGUGUAGAUGUAGGUGACAUGUUUUUAACAUCUGGAUUGAUCAGCGCAUUCUUUUAUUAUUAUGGAGAAUUUUGUUGUCAAAGAAGAUUUUCCUUCUA